GUGUCUGUAGUCAAUCAAUUAAUGUGUUGUGUUGCGUUUUGAAACGUGCGUGCGGUGAAAUCAACGCUGUAAUUCAGUAAAAAAAUAUCAUUUAAAUACUGUGUUAGAGUGUCCGUUUUAUUUAAAUUACCAUGACGGAAGAAGUUAACCCGAAAGCAUACCCUCUGGCUCAGCCAGCAUUAGCUACAAAGAUUUUAAACUUAGUGCAACAAGCAGAGAAUUACAAACAGCUUCGGAAAGGAGCCAAUGAAGCCACCAAAACCUUAAACCGAGGCUUGUCUGAGUUCAUUGUGAUGGCAGCAGAUGCAGAACCUCUUGAAAUCUUAUUACAUCUCCCUCUGCUCUGUGAAGACAAAAAUGUUCCCUAUGUAUUUGUACGAUCAAAACAAGCUCUUGGACGUGCUUGUGGAGUUUCCAGGCCUAUUAUUGCAUGCUCAAUAACUGUCAACGAAGGAUCACAACUCAAGAGUCAAAUUCAAGCCAUUAAACUGGAAAUUGAAAAGCUACUUGUUUAAUUUAGGUCUUACGGUUCUCAUAUCAUACAGAGAGUGUCUCAUUCCUGUUGUCAAGACGUCUCCAUGAGAUGCUUGAUGACGAAGAGCCAAGGCUCCUUUCAGUUUUGUAUUAUUCGAUAAAAUGACAGUCACAGCUGCUUUUCCCCAUUACAUUGACUACCAGUCUUGCCCUGAAGAAAGAAAGUAAUUUGUAUUCUCAUUAGGACAAAUAUCUUAAGUGGAAUCUACAGUUAUAAAUUUGCUCUUUCAUGCUGAUGGAAACUGUAUGCUCAAAUUCGCCGUCCUUGAGUCAAAGUAAUUCUUGUUGUAAAUUCUGCCAGGCUCUACAUGGAUUUCAACUAUAUCAAUGGUGAACUGCAGAGAUGAGUAUCUU